GGGUAGAAAAAUAGCACAUGUAGCACCGAACCGCAGCGAAGCCAAGAUGUCUCACGUUGGAAAGAAAAGAAAACUUGACAAAAGCCGCCAGGAUCGUCUGUAUUUUGACAGCUACUCCGACGUGACCAUCCACGAAGAGAUGAUAGCCGACCACGUCCGCACCGGCACGUACAGGACGGCUAUACUAAGGAACAGCGAGUCUAUCCGGGAUAAAGUGGUGCUGGAUGUCGGGGCUGGCACCGGCGUAUUGAGCAUGUUUUGUGUCCAAGCCGGUGCUAAGAAAGUGUACGCGGUGGAAGCAUGUUCAAUCGCGGAACAAGCUGUUAAAAUAGUCAAACAUAACAACAUGGAGGAUAAAAUUGAAGUUAUUCGCGGCACCGUGGAGACAGUGGACCUCCCGGAGCCCGUGGACGUGAUCGUGAGCGAGUGGAUGGGUUACGCACUGCUUCACGAAUCCAUGCUCAACUCGGUGCUUUACGCGCGGGAUAAGUGGCUGCGAAAGCCCGGUGGUCUCAUCCUCCCGAGCAAAGCGGAGCUGUACAUUGCGCCGAUGUUUGACCUGGUGGUGGAGGACCGGUUGCACUUUUGGUACACCGUGAAAGAUCAGUACGGCGUGGAUAUGUCCUGCAUGCACGACUUCGCCAAAAAGUGCAUAAUGAACUCCGAUAUCGCCGUGAAUCCGGUGACUGUGGAGGAUGUGCUGUCUCACCCUGCGCGUUUUGCGGAGCUGGAUUUGAACACAAUCACCACAGAGGAGCUGCGUGAGGUGAAAGGACACUUCAAAUGCUCGUGUUUUGGCUGCGCGUCCGUGAACUCUUUCUGUGUGUGGUUCACGGUGACGUUCCCCUGUCCGGAUAAGCCGCAGCAGCCCGUGGUUCUGUCGACCUCUCCGUUCAAUCCGGAGACGCACUGGAAACAAGCGGUGCUGUAUCUGGACUGUCCCGUGAAUGUGGUUCAAGACACGGUCAUUACAGGAGAGGUGCGGAUGUACCCCUCGGAGCACAGCGACAGGCACAUCUGUAUCCACGUGGACUACACCGCUGGAGAACAGAAAAGACAGUCCAAGACCUUUUCUAUUCCAGAUUGGACCGUUCAAUCUUAGUAUUCAUGUUACACUAGUUAAUUCAAUGUGAUCUUUAUUGCUUAGUAUUUUAUGUCUGAUACAUUUGAAAAAACUGAAAAUUUACUUUUCAGAGACCUUUUAACUGCUUAAGUAAAAUUGCCUAAAUCAAAUUACAAUUAAAGUUACUGAAUAAAUUGUGUGUAUGAAUUUCAGAGUUCAAAUAUUUGGAAAACAAGCAGGUUAUGUUAUAUGCAAAGUUGUAUCUCUGAACUAACUGAUACUGUGAUAUUCUCAUGUGCUUCAUUAGAUUAAACCAAGAUUUUUUUUGUUUAAAUAAAUUCAACCCUAUGCUACAA